AUGCGUCUCUUUGCAUGCCUGUGCAUUGUGCUCAGCUUUUUGGAAAGAGUGAGCUGUUCGUGUCCUUCACAGUGUACCUGCGACUACUGGGGCAGAGACGAUGGCUCGGGAUCAAGGUUGGUCCUAUGCAAUGACCUGGACAUGAACGAAGUCCCUACGAACUUCCCCGUGGACGCCGUGAAGCUUCGCAUAGAGAAGACAGUCAUCCGCAGGAUCCCGGCCGAGGCCUUCUACUACCUGGUGGAGCUCCAGUACCUCUGGGUGACUUACAAUUCCGUGGCCAGCCUUGAUGCGAGCAGCUUUUACAACCUGAAGCAGCUGCAUGAGUUGCGCUUGGAUGGGAAUUCUCUGGCUGCCUUCCCUUGGGCAUCUCUGCUGGACAUGCCGCUUCUGAGGACCCUGGAUCUGCACAAUAACAGAAUAACCAGUGUGCCAAAUGAGGCCCUCAGGUACCUGAAGAACCUUGCCUACUUGGAUUUAUCAAGUAACAGACUAACAACGCUGCCACCAGAUUUCCUGGAGAGCUGGUCUCACCUAGUUGCAACAUCAUCUAGAAGCCUGGCCCUCACACCAAGAAGAAUUAUUCUUGGUCUGCAGGACAACCCUUGGUUUUGUGACUGUCACAUUUCCAAAGUGAUCGAGUUGUCUAAAGUUGCCGACCCCGCUAUAGUGCUCCUCGAUCCACUGAUGAUUUGUAGUGAACCCGAGCGCCUGGCAGGGAUUGCAUUUCAGCGGGCUGAGCUGGAGCAGUGUCUGAAGCCAUCGGUGAUGGCCUCGGCCACCCAGAUCACGUCCGCUCUGGGCAGUAACGUUCUGCUGCGGUGCGAUGCCACCGGCUACCCCACCCCACAGCUCACGUGGACCAGAUCCGACAGCUCGCCAGUUAAUUAUACAGUAAUUCAGGAAUCUCCAGAGGAAGGAGUCAGAUGGUCCAUAAUAAGCUUGACAGGCAUUUCAUACAAGGAUGCUGGGGAUUACAAAUGUAAGGCCAAAAAUUUGGCUGGGAUGUCGGAAGCUGUGGUUACUGUGACAGUGGUUGGUGUUGUCACAACCACCAUAUCAUCAGACACUUCUGAAAGAGGAACUGGAGAUCAGCCUGAGCAAGAGGUCCAGGCAGACUCUAGAACUCCAUCCAUACCUGGCCCGUCGGCAUCUCCCUGGCCUCCUUCCUCCGCUGCUUCUUCCACUUUUCUUUCUACUUCUACUUUGUCUCCUCCCUCCACUGCUUCCUCCUCCUUAUCUCCUUUCUUCUCCUCCUUUGUUUCUCCAACCGCAACUCGAAGCACUAGAAUUUCAACAAGCACCACCGUGGCUGGCCAGCAGUCACUCCAGCUCUACCCAGAUGUGAAAAGAAAUUUAAAGGUGGAGAUGGGUGGAGGUAAGCUUCCUCCUGCUAGUGCAAGUAAAAAAGAAUUGGCGUUGUUGGAUCAAGCAAUGUCUAUGGAGAUGGGUGCCGCAAUAGAAAAUCUCAGGGUGGUCAGCGAGACCGAAGAGAGUGUGACUUUGGUGUGGAACACCAUCAACAGCAUGCGUGACUCUGAGGUGAACGUGUUAUAUUCCAAGUAUGGGGAGAAGGACCUGCUGCUGCUUAAUGCUGACUCCAGCCAGAACCAAGUAAUCAUAGAUGGCUUGGAGCCUGGGAAGCAAUACAUAGCAUGUGUCUAUCCGAAAGGAGUGCCUCCCCGGAAGGACCAGUGCAUCACCUUUUCCACUAGGACAGUUGAAGAAGUGGGUGAUUUUCAAGGGUCUUUCCUCAUCGUGGUGAGCGGUACUGCCUGUGUUGUUGUCUUGCCAUUGAUAUUUUUCCUGUUGUACAAAGUUUGCAAACUGCAAUGUAGGUCAGAAUCCUUUUGGGAAGAUGAUUUGGCAAAAGAGACUUACAUCCAAUUUGAGACCCUGUCGCCCAGGUCUCAAAGUGUAGGGGAACUUUGGACUCGAAGGCACAGAGACGAUUCAGAAAAGUUGCUGCUUUGUUCUAGGUCAAGUGUGGAAUCUCAGAUGACUUUUAAAAGCGAGGGUUCUAGACCAGACUAUUAUUGCUAA